GAGAAAAACGCUAGAUUUUAAUUGUAGCGAUAGCUAACUGAUGUGUGACUAUCGUGUGACGUCAGUGAAUUUAACAUCGGUGUCAGGGACUGAGAUUUCAGACAGCUCUCAUCAGAAGAGUUCACUACUAAUACAUUUCAGUCUUACUUUAAGUUCACGUUUGCUCUGAGGUUGUUUUUUAAUGAUAGUUAUGUUUUGUGGUACUGUUUGUACAAGUAUCGUUGUUAGUAGUCGCCUAUUGGUUGAUAGUUGAUAAUGUUGUUCAUUUACGACGCCCACUAAUUCGUAGAUGUCUGUUUGUUAAUUAGACAGCUUCAUAGAUGUUUCAGUGAUUACUAAUCCGCUGAUGUUUUCAUACAGUCUAACAUAGGACUACAACAACUAACGGUAAUUGUUCAUGGAUUAUGGUUUCUGUGAAACAUGCUUCCUCUUACCACUGAUAAGCUGUUAAUAUCAGGAUGUAAUCAUCUGAGUAUCAUGGGACUCGUUUACAUCUAAAACUAAGUCUGCCAAUAGGAUGAGUGGGCAUGGAGACAGCAUCGUCCCGUUUAACCCCACAGAACUCAGGUCAGGAGAACCAGCUUGUAAAGCAGAUAUUACUGUUCUAAGUGUAGACCCGAGGACAGAGAAGAGCAACAAGGAGGACAUCAAGAAGCCAUAUGAAGCUGCCAAACUACUUCAGGAUGAGCAUAACAAGGACGCCAAGCUUAGUCCAUUUCAGCCUCGACCUCCUUCUCUUCCCAAGCCCAUGGGAUUGGGAAUGGGGGGUAAAAACAUCUCAUUUGAUGAGAAGAUGAGGGGGAGAAGAUUGAGGAACAGCCAGGAGAGUCUCACUGACCCAGGAGAGACGGGCUCUUCCACCGAUUCGCUUAAGGAAGACUCCUUAUCAAAUGGCCAAGGCCUUGCAUCCGGACGUCCCCUUGAUCUCCCACCCAUAGAGACACCGUCGUUUAGGAUUAGGACCGAUAGCUUCUCCGAGACUGACAAUGAGCACAGUGAUCCGAAUAAAGAGCGUUUGAAACCAUCCAGAAUUAUUUUGUCCCCACUGCAGCCCACUGGGACAUAUCCUUCUCUGGAGAACAGCGCAGCCUCCACGUCCUUAAGGACAACUAAUCGGAUUGACAGGGAUUGUUUGGAUUACAGUGCGGUGGGGAGAAGGGGGCGGGGGGCGGAGAGGCUUCAGAGGAAUCUGAGCGAUAGCCGGCUGUUGGACACCAUGGUGUCAGACAAUGCCUCUGUCCAUUCCAUGAAGUCCACCUAUAGCGUUCUGAACCCCAUCAGACCCCGCGAUGUGAGGAACAGGAGCUUUCUGGAGGGUAGUGUUUUGGGUAACGGUGCCUUGCUGGGGGCAGAGGAGCUAGACCGCUACUUCCCAGAGAGACGGCUCGGCGUCUACGUGGCCACAUGGAACAUGCAGGGAGAGAAGGGGCUUCCAUACAACCUAGAUGAUCUGCUGCUCCCAACCGACACAGACUUUGCACAGGACAUCUAUGUUAUAGGAGUUCAGGAAGGCUGUCCGGAUAGGAGGGAGUGGGAGAUCCGUCUGCAGGAAACACUUGGGCCGUAUUACGUGAUGCUGUACGCAGCAGCCCAUGGCGUUCUCUAUCUCACUGUGUUUGUCAGGAGAGACCUCAUAUGGUUCUGUUCAGAGGUGGAACAUGCUACAGUUACAACCAGAAUUAUAUCUCAGAUUAAGACUAAAGGAGCUGUGGGUAUCGGCUUCACUUUCUUUGGGACAUCCUUCCUCUUUAUUACAUCCCAUUUCACUUCUGGAGAUUCUAAAGUAUAUGAGAGGAUCUUAGAUUACAACAAGAUUAUAGAAGCUUUGGCUCUUCCUAGAAACCUUCCAGAUACAAACCCUUACCGCUCCACAACAUCUGAUGUCACAACCCGUUUUGAUGAAGUCUUCUGGUUUGGAGAUUUUAAUUUCCGCCUGAAUAAAGCCAGAGGUGAGGUGGAGGCCAUUUUGAAUCAGGUUAUGGGCGCAGAUAUGAGCCCACUAUUACAACAUGACCAGCUGUUGAAAGAGAUGAAAAAAGGUUCCAUUUUUAAAGGGUUUCAGGAAGCAUCUAUUCACUUUCCUCCUACAUACAAGUUUGACAUUGGUUGUGACGUCUAUGACACCACCACAAAGCAGAGAACACCCUCAUAUACAGACCGGAUUCUUUAUCGAAACAGACAAGUGGAUGACAUUAAAGUGGUCAAGUAUAUGUCUUGCUUGUCCAUUAAGACAUCAGAUCACCGGCCUGUCAUCGGCAUGUUUCAGGUCAAACUUCGUCCAGGUCGAGAUAACAUUCCUUUGGGUGCUGGCCAGUUUGACAGGAGCCUGUACCUAGAAGGAAUCCGAAGGAGAAUCACCAGGGAGCUGAAAAAGAGAGAGGCAGCCAUGAAGAACCAGAAUAACAGCAUGGUUUGCACCAUAUCCUGAUCACGGACCAGUGUGCGAGAGCCGUAGGGUGCUAAAACUGAUCAUUUCAAACACCGAGGUACUGACUUGGAAAGCUGGACUUUCAGGACCAAAGGAUAACUCGGUACUACAGAUGUCAAGUGCACAGUUCAGGGACUAAAAGACUGCGGCUGGACAGCUGGUACUUAUUAAAAAUAUUAUAGAAAUCUAUAAAAUAUACUGACCGGAGUAAAUUAAGUUAUCCGUUAAUCCUAAUCCAUUUUUUUUUUUUUUUUUUAUAUUCUGGUGUUUAACUUGCAAGCCGAAACAGUCUCUUCUGUGUAUGGUUUCAACUGAUAGUGUUUCAUGGCCUUGUUAAACCAUUAGCUCACCUUUAACUGAUAACUGUAAACACAUACCAGUACCAGGCAGCUGAUCCUGCUCAUUGGAUUGGCUCCUGGGUCAUUUUUGAAGAGUUACCUAACAAUUUGCUAACAGUUGUACUCUUUUGUAAAAGGGAACCGUACUGUAGCAUAACUACCAGCAACAUUAGAGGGAAUCUGUGUUAGCAGUUGUUUUUAUUUCUGGAUUGUCAUUGAUAGGUCAAUGUGGUAUCAUGUAGAGAGACUGACCUGGGGUUCAAUUGAGUGGAGAAUCUAAGUGAGGAGGCACAGACUAUACUUGAGUUUACUGCCUUAACAUAUCCAAUAUAAUUCAGCUUACUUGAUGUCAAGUGUGAUACAUGUAUGGGAGCAGGAACGACCGUAGUAUUGGUGUUGCUUGCGCAUGGAUCUCAGUGACUGUGGUGUAAUAGUAAGGCAAGCAUUCACAUCAUGAAUUUCAGUUCUGUUUGUACUGAAAGUGCCUGCGAUCUUUUCAUGAUUGCCUCUGUUACUUCAAGUACAUUCUGCUGUUUAAAACCAAAUUAAUAGUCUGUUAUAAAUGUUUGUUUACUAUGUAAAGUAAUACAAAAACUCAUACUUGA